AUCUACAGUUGAUAGCAUGGUUGAUAUGGUCGGUUUGUAACUUCAAAUAUAUAACACUUCAUUACAAUUACACGCGGAACCUUGUCUCGUCUCAUGUUUCUGACCGAGUUGUUUAGCUCGCGGACACGUUCCUUGUUUAACGGUAGCAGAAAUGUGAUUUACACUUUAAAUCAGCAUCUGGCCGUUCUAGCGUGGAUAUUAACAGGUAGUCAUUUGUAUGACAUGCGGUUAACCUCUCGUAGCCACAAUCAGAACAUAUUGUUAUCAUGUGAGCUAGCAUUAGGCUGCUAACAGAGGAAGGAUUGCUUAGAACGAUGCUAACGACUUUAUUGGACAAAACCGGAAUGUUAACGUAAAUUAGCACCUUAAAUAAACAGCAGCGACCUUUUCCGUGCAUCUCCCUCCAUCCCAUAACUUACCGCAGCCUGCGAUCUAAAACAACAUACAGGAUGCCUAAUACCAGUGCAAGGCCGAAGCAUGGCAGGAGGACACGAAGGCGACGCAGAGAGGACCCUGCUAGGAACGAGCUGGUCUCUAGUUCCCUAGAAAGUGCCCAGCAGUGCCUUUUCAACCAAGACUACGGAACGGCAUUUGUGCACUACCUUUUGGUCCUCAACCUCGCGCCGAUGUUUAAGGACUUUGCAAGGGAGUCUUUCAGGUUCACUCUCUUCAAGUGGACAGAAGAGCUGGACUCUGUGGGCCGCAUUCAAGACCUCUUUGACUGUUAUGAACAAGCACUGGAACUGUUCCCUGCUGAUGAGGUUAUCCUCAACAGCAUGGGUGAACACUUGUUCAGAAUGGGCUUCAGAGACGAAGCCGCAGGUCAUUUCCAUAAAGCCUUGAAGCUGAGACCAGACUAUCCAGAAGCCCGGGAGAACUUCUACCGUGUGGCCAACUGGCUGGUGGAGCGUUGGCAUUUCUUAAUGCUCAACGACCACGGGAGGAACCGCAAGUACCAGCAAGCCAUCCAGAAGGCUGUUCAGAGCGGCUGCAACACUGUACUUGACAUAGGUACAGGCACUGGGAUCCUCGGUAUGUGUGCGAAGAAGGCUGGGGCUGCUGAGGUGUAUGCCUGUGAACUCUCCAAGACCAUGUAUGAAUUGGCUUGUGAGGUGGUGAGCGCUAAUGGAAUGGACGGCAGCAUCAAGAUCCUCCACAUGAAGUCUCUGGAGAUGGAAGUGCCAAAGGACAUCCCACACAGAGUAUCCUUGGUGGUGACGGAGACGGUAGAUGCAGGGUUGUUUGGAGAGGGUAUCAUCGAGAGUCUCAUUCAUGCCUGGCACCACCUCCUGCUACCUCCACGGAGAGGUGAGAAUGAAUUCCAGGAUCAGUCUUCGACAGGACGGGUCAUCCCGGCUGGAGCCACCGUGUUCGGUAUGGCUCUUGAGAGCAUCGAGAUCCGCAGGCAUCACAGGCUUUGUGUGUCAGAGGUGGGCGGUCUGUCCAUAGCUGCAGCCGGCGAGCUCUGUAGCCCAGUGAGCUGCAGCCCUGAGCCGGAUGACUCCAUGGAGCCUUACACCACCGAGAGACUCAGCAGAGUGCCCGGGGGAUAUAAAGCUCUCACUGAGCCGUUCACGGCCCUCAACAUCGACUUCAACAACGUGCAGGAACUGGAGGGGCUGAGCUCCAGGGAGGUUCAGCAGAUCCGCCUGCCCGUCACUCAGGAGGGGGAGCUGGACGCUCUGGCUGUGUGGUUCCAGCUCCACCUGGAUGAGGAGAGCAGUCUGUCUACUGGACCCCAGGAGGACACGUGCUGGGAGCAGGCCAUCUACCCAGUCCACAGCACCGACGGUUUUGUCCUGAAACCUCGAGACGAGCUGAUCGUUGAAGUCUCCUGCAGAGAUGCCUUCCUGAGGCUCUGCAGCGUGGCCGUGCUGAGAGACGGGCAUGAAAUCCGUCUGGACAAGCGCCCGGAUACGCGAGGAUCUGGAAACCCCAUUUCAAAUCAAAACCCAGAGGCCGAGCUGUGCAGUGCGCUAGCAAGUCUCCAGACUGACCAGAAACAAACCAAAGACUUCUGCAUGCUGGAAUGUGCAGAAAUGGCGCUCCUGAACAAUCAGGAUUACCAUCGGAGUUUUUGCAGCGCGCUGGGCAAACUCAUCCCCCAGCUGAGGGCCAAAUGCCAAAACAAAGAGCGAGGAUCCGGUGACUCCACAGACGGUAGUGACCUGCUCUAUGUCCUCGACGUGUCGGAGGGCUUCUCUCUGCUCUCCCUCAUCGCCGCCAGCCACGGCCACGUCAAAGCGUACAGCUCCGUGGAAAAGAAAAAGCAGCAGGAAGUCGUGAAGAGACUGGCUCGCUCCAAUAAUGUCCCGGAGCAGCAUCUCGAGUUCUGGCUCAACCACACGGAGGACGAGCAUGGGAUGCUGAAAAGGCCGUCCAGGGAGAAGCUGUGGAGCGCCAUCAUUCUGGACUGUGUGGAGACGUGUGGUCUCAUCAGACAGAAGUUGAUGGAGAAGGCUUCACUGGCCAGGUGUUUGCUGGAGGAUGGAGGAAGUAUUUUCCCAGCAAAGAUUGUGGUGCACGGUAUGCUGGUGGAGUCGGACACGUUGCUGCUGGAAAGUGCUGUCCAGGGUCAGGAGCCCACACUGGGAUUCAAUAUCGCUCCCUUCAUCAACCAGUUCACUGUACCGGUCCAUGUGUUUUUGGACUUUUCCACACUGGAGUGCAGACAUCUCAGUGAGUUUGUGGAACUCUUUGUUCUUGACCUAAUGGAGUCCACCGCAAACUACACCAACAGAGAAGUAAAGGUCCAGGCUACGUCUGCAGGCAGAAUCACUGCAGUUCCCUUCUGGUACCACAUCUACCUGGACCAGGAGAUCAGCGUCAGCACUCUCAGCCAGAACUCUCACUGGAAGCAGGCGGCUGUUGUGCUGCCGCAGCCUGUGGAGGUACAAGCCGGAGACUGGGUCCGCCUCGCUGUGAAGCUUCACAAGAGCGCCAUCUCCAUAUUAGCCCAUAUAGAGAACACACCCGGGCCAAUGGAACAAUGAUCUCUUGAAUUUCAUGCCUCAAUCAUAUAGAGGCCACUGACACGUAGGGGGAUGCAUUGAAUACUCUGCAUUCCUUUUCUGGUGCCAUUUAAAGAUUGAUUUCUCCAGUGUUAUUUUUCUGUAUUACCAGUCUUCAAAGUUCAAUCUCUGGUUUGAGAUUUAGUAGAAGCCUGCAUGAGCCACACCUUUGUAAGCAUCAGUGGGAAGCCGAGUCAUCACGAUCAUAAGGAAUUUGUGAAAAUGCAUCUUCAAGUCAUGUUUUAAUUUGUAAAUUGUGCUAUAAGAUUAUAGGACAUUUAUACUCUGUACUUAUCAUUUGUACUUGUAAGUAUAAAACAAAUACUUCCAUGAU